GAAAGGGAGGAGCCACAGCGCAUUAUAAAAUCAAGGGGGGCAUCUGAAGCACAUCACUGGCUGAUACUGGACGCGACCAUGAAGGGUCUCGGAGUCAUUCUGUUCUGUGUCCUGGCGGUAGCAUCGGCUCAGAGUAGGCACGGCUUGCGACCCGGAGGCUUCCCUGGUGGAUUUCCUGGAGGCUUCCCUAGCAUCACAGCCCCACCCGCCACCUGUAGGCGUUGGUGCCGAACUCCAGAGAAAGCUGUCUACUGCUGCGAGACCAGGUUUGAACCCGAGGCACCCGUGGGCACCAAGAUACUUGACUGCCCACGAGUCCGUGACACCUGCCCACCGGUACGUUUCGGUGAACUAGCACCUGUAACCUGCUCCAGCGACUACAAGUGCGGCGGCAUUGACAAGUGCUGCUUCGACAGGUGUCUGGGAGAGCACGUGUGCAAGCCGCCUUCCUUCUAUAACUUUUUUAACGGAAAAUGAAAUUUGGAAGCAAUUACCGAUUCAUGUAGAAUCCGUGACUAAUAAAGUGUUUUCUCAAA